CAUAGAAGAAGCUGACGUGGAAUCCUUUCCUUUUUAUCUUGCUAUUUUUCUCACCCCUUCCUCCCUCCUCCACAGACCCCAAAACAUUUUUUCUUUGUUCUCUCUGCUUUCUUCAUUUGCUCUUUCUUUCUUCCGGCGAAACAAGACCGUCUCAAAGCUUGUUCUGGUUUUUUUACUCAGGCGAACUAUGAAGUUGCCUCCGUUGACUGAAAAUGCUCAGGGUGCCAAAGCUCUUAGCGUUGAAGAAACUGCAGAUACACAGAUACAAUUUAAUGACUAUUCACCCAAGGUACGGAAACAAUACAUUAUAACAAAAGAAAGAGAGAGAUGGACAGAUGAAGAACACUAUAAGUUUGUUGAAGCCUUGAAAUUACAUGGACGAGCAUGGAGACGGAUACAAGAACAUGUGGGCACAAAGACUGCUGUUCAGAUUCGAAGCCAUGCUCAGAAGUUCUUCUCUAAGGUUGCUAGAGGAAGUAAUGUGAGCUCGUUGGAGCCAAUUGUGAUACCACCUCCUCGUCCCAAGAGAAAACCAAUGCAUCCUUACCCGCGUAAGCUGAUGAACGAGGUAGAUCAAACAAAUAGAUCGGUUUCUCCUUCAGAGCGUGACAAUGGAUCACCAACCUCUGUGUUGUCCCCUGUUGGAUCAGAAGCAUUGAGUUACUCAGCUUCACAUUCACCUAAUCGAAGCUUGUCCCCUGUUUCCUCUGCAUCACCUCCUGCUGCUUUUGCAACUAGUACAAAUGCACCUGAAGAGCUUGAGACUCUGAAGCUGGAGUUGUUUCCUACAGAAAGCUCGGUCAAGGAGCCAACAAAGAAAAGCCUUAAACUCUUUGGUAAGAUAGUUUUGGUAUCUGAAUCAGAUAUGUCCUCUUCUCUUACAACUUCAACAAGUAAGUCACCGAUUCAGCCAUUACCACGGAAACUCUCCAUGAUAAUAAAUCCACAAGAAGAACUCUUGAGCUGUUGGAUACAAGUCCCUUGUAAGCAUGAAGAAGUGGAAAACAGAUGCUUGGAUUCAGAAAAGUCCUUCCAAAAUGAAGGAUCAUCGACUGGAUCAAACACCGGUUCGGUUGAUGAUACAGGACACACGGACAAGAGCUCAGAACCUGAAACAAUGAUAUUUAAACCUAGCGAGAGGUCUGCAUUUUCCGAGCUCAGAAGAGGAAACUCUUCAAGAGGAUUUGGUCCGUACAAGAAGAGAAAGAUGGUUAUAGAAUCAGAACAAGAUAUUCGACUGUACUUAUAACUAGGAUAUUUUCUCAGGUACCAAAGUCGUUAAAUUCAGUAAUCAUUCAACUUAUCUUAAUGUUCAUCAAGGUGUUUUUAUUUGUUGUUUCAUAGUUUUCUUGGAGCUGUUUGUUGUUUAGGCUAACUUUUUUGCAUAAUCUUGUAUCUGUAAAAACACUUGUAAUAUUUUUUAAUGAUCUAAUGAGUAUGAAGAACUUCCUAA